AUGCCCCACCGAUCAUCAGCCUGCACAAGGCUUCCACCCAAAUUAGUCAGGAGCUCUGAAAACUACAUACAGAGGAUGCCCCCAGAGAUCAUUGAGAAGAUUACAUCAUAUUUGGAUGCAGGAUCUCUUUACUGCCUUGGCUUUGUCAACAAGCACUUCUAUGAGGUGGUUGAACACAAUAUCAUGUGGUAUCGCUUUUACACCUGGCAUCGAGCAAAAGCAAAGACAUCCAGGCAAGUAAAGGAUGUGACAGAUGGAGUGGACAUGGCCAGCAUUCUGAUAAAACCUAAGGGACAUUGGAGGAGAGUUUUGUUUAAAGAACUGGCUCAUCGUAAUACAAACUGGAAGAAAAAACUAAAAUCCGUUCAUCCUUACACUGGACUGCCAACUCGAACAACUGAAGUCCUCAGGAGUCUUGGUUUGACUUGGGAGCUCACGGUGAAGGAAGCAAGAAGACCUGAGUACAAAAUUAAACACACUGACGUGUACUUCAGCGAAACCUCACUGACUGUUAUGUGGCGUUCAGGAAACUGGCCAAUUCUGGAUAAACCCACUACACUAGAGCUGCAUGGAGUGAUUUUUGUGCCCAUUAACUGUCCACUCAUAUGCAGGCCAGGCCGGAGAUCCCUCUUACGUAAAGUGGUGGUGAAGAAGGACAAUGGGAAAUUGUACGGUUCGGACAAGCUCAUCUCUUUGCUGUACAUUAAGAAAGGUGUAACUGUGGGCGUAUGGCAGAAGCAAAUGGAAAUUGCAUUUGUCCUAGUGAGCCUACAUCAUCACAGACUUGUGGAAAGAAGUCUUCUGGGGUCAUCCACCACUCCAUAUGAUUCAACAGAAAUGCAAGCCCCUUUUGAUGACAUUGAUCCUGAUUACGGCUUGCAUGGAUACAGGAUGCACAUUGAGUUGCACAACACAAGACAAAGCAUUACAUCACUGGGCUUUUCCCAGCUGUUCUGCAGGAAAGAUCAGAUUGCUGACGGUUACAUCCCUUUGCAAGUUAUCCGUAAAGAUGACCCAUCACGACAUACCCAUCUGUGUGGAUUAAUCAGCCUGCCUUGGAAUACCGAAGCGCUACAGGGAGUCAUUGAGCAUUGUUGCAUGUUGACGCUCACUGUUCUUACUGAAACCCAGACACCAUUCUGGUGUGUUAGUGCUCCUGUAACCAUAACCAAAUCAAACGAUGAGGAAGUGUCAUAUGACCAUCAUGGAGAGAGGUUCUUAAUGGAAUAUAAGGACGACAAUGGAAAGCUGGAGGUUGAGCUGGAGUGGGUUAAGGAACAUGAACAGUUUGUCAUUAUUAGUUUCAUCCUUUUUCUUUCCGUUAGCAAAGUAAACAGGCAUUUUGGGAGGGAUUAUUGA